AUGAUUUGUACAGGUAAAUCUGUGGAUCCUCCAAUGUCCACUGAUCAAAUUCAUAGUAUCCUAAGGAAUAGAUUUAAUCCAUCGAUUACUAAUGAAAAGUGGGAUGUAAUUGUGAUUGGAUCAGGUUUAUCAGGAUUGACAGUAGCAAAAGUACUAGCAGCUUCGGGUCGUAAAGUGCUUGUGCUAGAGCAGCAUGAUCGGGCUGGUGGAUCAUGUCAUACUUUUAAACUUGAUAAAUAUGAAUUCGAUGUUGGUUUACAUUAUGUGCACAAUAUGUACCCCGGCAAAGAUCUGUAUCGCAUAUGUUCAGCUAUUACAGAUUCACAAGUUCAAUGGCAAAAAAUGGAAGAACCAUUCGAUACCAUAAUAAUUGGAAAACAGUAUUAUGGUCGAACAAGUGGAGACAGCAAACACUUUCGUGAUCAAUUGAAAUUGUGGUUCUCAGAAGAAGCGGAUAGUAUCGAAAGCUAUUUUGAUUACGUUUUAAAAUGCCUUAAUAUUAAUUUGUGGUGGUUGAUUGGCGCAAAACUUGUACCAUCGUUCAUCGUCCGCUUACUCUCCAAAUUUAGUUUUAUCAAUUUCUUUACCAAUUUAUUCAAAUAUUGUGAAUUGAAUCUGUUGGAUGUUAUGAAGGACUAUGGGCUAAGCGCUGAAGUGAGAGCUGUUAUCAGUUAUUAUUUUGUCAAUUAUGGUGUUCCUCCAAAUCGUGCAUCAUUCUUUCAACAUCAUUUAUUUCUUAUGGAAAAUGGGUAUUAUCCCAUCGGUGGCGCAGCACUACUUGUUGCCAGCAUCAUUCGAUCGAUUCAAAAAUUUGGCGGAAAAGUGAUUGUGCAAGCAGAUGUGGAACAAAUUGUAUUUGAUAAUGGAAAGGUUAAUGGGGUAAAAGUAAAACAUGGCCGUUUUAAAUACUUCAUUCAAACAUCAUUGGUUGUUUCAACAGCUCCAAUUAUCAAGACAUUCAAUGAACUAAUACCUCGAAAUAUCACUCAAAAUUCAGUUAUGUUUAAAAUAGUUAAUCAACUCAAUUCGUUGGAGACCGUGCAGUUUGGUGGAUUUCAAGCGUAUAUUGGUUUAUCUGGAACACAAAAUACCCUCGGAUUACCCUCCAAUAAUUAUUUUUGGUCCAAGAAUAACAAUUCUUAUGAAUACAAUCAUUAUUUGAGUUUGUCAUCCUCAGAAUUAGCAGAAUAUGGUUGUCCACCGCAAAUCUUUAUUUGUUUCCCAUCAGCCAAAGACCCAACAUGGGAUGAACGAAAUCCUGGCACUUCGACAUGUCAAUUAAUUUCACUAGCAAAUCCAGCUUGGUUCGAAGAAUUUAAGGAUACAUCUAAAAAGAACUCCAUAAAACGAUUAAACCGAGCAGAGUACACUGAAUUGAAACAUUUAAUUGGUGAAUUGAUGAUAAGUCAAUUUUUGACACUGUUCCCAAAUCUUGAACCACAUAUAACAUAUGUUGAAUUUUCAACUCCAUUAACUCAGCAAUAUUAUAUGCGAAAUGCGCAUGGCGAAUACUAUUCAUUAACGCAACAAAUUGAUCGAUUUAAAUUGAAAUUCUGGAGCGAACUGCGGUGCAAAACGGAUUUGCCUGGUCUCUACCUUUCAGGACAAGAUAUUCUUUUUUGUGGAGUUGCAAGUGUAUUAUAUAGUGGUUUAAUCACUGCUGGAAGUAUAUUGGGGCGUAAUUUAUUGCAAGAUUUGAAGGAAGCUUACAAGAAACAAACGAAUUGUCACCGAAAAUAA